AUGUAUGUAGACCCAAGACUCGUAAACUAUAUUGCAAUGUGGGCUUCUCCAAAAUAUUGCAUAGCAGUUGGAAAAAUUAUGGACUCCAUAGACAAGAAAGUUCAUGAGAAAUUAGAUGAAGAAGAACUUGAAGAUACAGUAGAGAAUGCAAAACCUUUGUUCGAAGAAGAAGUUAGAAAAAUGUGCGAAAAACAAUUAGAACAUGAACGUGAGAUAUGUUAUGGUUAUAGAGAUUCUCCAUACGAACUAGACCAAUGGGAACAAGAAGAUUUAAAGAGAGAAUUUAGAGAAUAUGAACUCGCUAAAAUUUCAUUAGAAGCUGCAGAAAAGAAGUUAAAAGUUUGGGGUCGUUUUGUACAAAAAUAUUGUGAGUAA